CGCGCCCCGAACCGUCGUCGGCUACCAUGCCCAUCGCGAUCGUCGCCGCCAAUUCCGCGCUCGUCCGCCGCCAGGCGAGUUACGCGCCGAUUAAUCUUCGCGCGCGCCGCGCCGCGCCGCCUCGUCGGCCUCGCGCGGUCGCCCCGACGCGCGCGCUUCUCACCUCUUCGCCCGAUCUCCCCGGCAAGCCGACGUGGGAGGCCCCGGAGAUGACCAAGGACAUCGUGAUCACCGUCCCUUUACCUCAAGACACCACGCGGAGGGACAUCGACGUCAAGAUGUUCAAGGAUCACAUCACCGUCAACGUCGCGGGCGUCUCGGAGCCCGCGAUCGGCGGCACCCUGCCGUGGAACGUCGACCUCGACGGGUCCUACUGGGAGAAGGAGGACGACGUCCUGCUCGUGUACCUCGAGAAGGAGGAGGCGUACGACCCGUGGGAGUUCGUGUUCGAGUCGGACCUUCCCGAGCCCGGGGACACUACCGUCACGGACAAGGUGUACUUCGACAUGGAGAUCAACGGCAAGGAGGCCGGCCGCGUCGUGAUGGGGCUCUACGGGAAUCACGUCCCGAAAACCGUGGAGAACUUCAGGGCGCUGUGCACGGGGGAGAAGGGCGAGGGCAAGUCGGGGAAGCCGCUGCACUUCAAGGACAGCUGCUUCCACAGGAUCAUACCUGGCUUCAUGUGCCAGGGCGGGGACUUCACCGCGGCGAACGGCACGGGCGGGGAGAGCAUCUACGGGGAGAAGUUCGAGGACGAGGCGUUUGGCAUCGACCACGACAAGCCGUUUCUGCUCUCCAUGGCCAACUCUGGGCCGAACACCAACGGGUCACAGUUCUUCAUCACGACGAAGGCGACGCCGCACCUCGACGGGAAACACGUAGUGUUCGGGGAGGUGCUCGAGGGCUCCGACGUGGUGCUGGCGAUGGAGGAGAAGGGGUCCCCGGAGGGGUACCCCAAGGCGCAGGUCACAAUCGUCGGCUGCGGCCAGCUCUGACGCGCCGACUGACCGAGCGGCGAGAACGUGAUGCGAUCAACACGGGUAAUUAGAGUAUCGAAUCAUCGCGUCU